AUGACGAUGAAGAAGAGGCGAAAGCGAACAACCUCCCCCGCCGCCGUCCCCUGCGAGGACCGAAUCUCAGCUUUGCCGGACGAAGUCCUCCACUGCAUCCUCCGCCGCUUAGAAUCCCACCGGCAAUCGGCGCAGACCACCGCAAUCUCCAGCCGCUGGCGAAACCUCUGGCGCUCGUACCCAGUCGUGGAGUUCGACGCCGACUGGCAGACGAAGAACAGCUCCAUCCGGGCAAACGAGUACCUCGAGAAUUUCUGCGCCACCGCGAUCAAUAAGUUCUCCCAACACAAGGAAUUCUUCCGGAUCGAAACCCUCAAGGUCUCGGUUAGACUCGACCACAGCGUCGGCAGCCGCUCCCCUGUUCUCCAAUGGCUGCUCGAUCUGGCGUGGCAGAGGAAAGUCCAAGAGUUCGCCGUCAAGUUUGAGUGCGCCGACAACACAAUCCAACACCCCUUCACCUUAACCGUCCGAGGGCUCAGCAAACCGGGCCCCGAAUCGAUCAAAUUCACCGGCGUCAGGAUCUUUCAUCCCGCCGGCCGCUUCCGCCCCUGUUCUGUGAACUCCCUCAGAUCCCUCCGGCUGGAAUGCGUGUCGAUUGACGACCAGCUAUUCGUCGAUUUAAUCGCCAGCUCUCGCCUCCUCGAAACCCUAGAACUCGACGCACUUUCAGGGGUGAGGAAAAUCCAGAUUUCCAACAACCUGAAGACGCUCAGAAUUGUGAAUCCGGUCGGUUCUAAGGAAAUCGAGAUCUCGGCUCCCCUGCUCGAGACUCUGCAUCUCAAGGGGCUGAACUGGGGAUCCACGAUCGGGUUAAUCGCGGCUCCCCAGCUCAGAUUCCUCGAAUUCGGAGGCAUUGCAGCACAUUUCAGCGAGGUGAUCUCCAAGCUGCCGUCUCUCAGGUCCCUGAUCCUGCACGGUGGGCCCGACCGGAAGGUGAGGUUCUCGAGCCCGCCGCAGCUCGAGGAAUUCAAGCUGGUCGUUGGGGCGGAGUCGGAGUUGGAGGAGAUACAGGUUGAUGCUGCUGGUGGAGCUGGUGCUGGUGGUCCCUGCAGUCUGACGAAGUUCGUGCUCUGCUGUCAGGAUCGGUUUCCUGACAGGUUCAGGAAAUGCCAAAUUCGCAACGCGGUGAGUUGUGAGUGGGAGGUGGAUUUCAGGCAGUUGGAUCCUGCGGCUUACAAUCCGCACCAAAUGUUUGUUGGGGUCGAGAGUUUCGUCGCCAGGUUGAAGAAGUUCCAAGUCGUUAACAUGAGCUUUCUCAGCUUCCAUCAGGUUGCUUUCUAUCCGGAAAAAGUGGGAGCCGUUGCAAGGGCAACAGCGAUCAAGCACUUGAAGCUGGAGACGAAAUCGCCGCUGACCAACGCCAAGAUCGUACUUUUGGACGGCGCGUUCUGGGCCUGCCGUCCCAAGUUCCUGACCAUAGUUCGCAGAGGCUUGACGUCGAAAGAGUUCUUCAGAACUCUUUUGGGUCUGAUUUCGCGGAAACUGUCCUGUGCCGACGACAGAAGAGGCGGUGAUCACCCUUAUAACUGGCAGCGUCAUUUGAAAGAUGCGAAGAUCGUUGUAGUGCGAGGCUCGGAGAAUCGAAACAAAAGGGGAGGAGGAGGAGGAGGAGGAGGAGAAGAGGAGGUGAUGGUGGAAAUUUCAGAGGAAAUGGUCCCGCUCCUUACGGUCCAGAAACGAGUUUGCUUCAUGUUGAUUUGGCAGUAA